AUGUCUCUUAACGGAAAAGUAGUCCUGGUCACAGGUGGUUCCAAGGGAAUAGGGAAAGCUGUCGUGGAGCGUGUCGUAGCUGACGGUGCGAGUGUUGUCAUCAACUAUUCCAGCGACAGCAAACCCGCGGAAGAACUUGUCAGCAAGAUAGGUCCCGACAGGGCCCUUACUUUCAAGGCUGAUGUCUCGAACAUCGCUGAGAUCGAGAAGCUUGUGCAAGCGACAAUUGAGAAGUUUGGCAAGAUCGAUUGCGUGAUGGCAAAUGCUGCAUGCGCUCCCAUGAAUGAUCUCGAGAGUAACAGAGGAAAACUUCGACAAGGCCUUCAAUCUGAACGUGAAAGGACCUUACUUCCUUGUCCAGUUAAGCACAUGCCACGAGAUGGCCGAGUCAUCCUCGUGUCAAGCGGCGUUCUUCACCAAUCUCAGGUCGCACCUCGCUAUCUUCUUUACGCAUCCUCCAAAGGCUCCAUUGAACAGAUGACACGAAUUCUCGCCAAAGACCUUGGACCCAAGGGUAUCACUGUCAAUGCCAUCGCACCCGAUCCCACAGCCACAGAAAUGUUCUUCCAAGGCAAAUCGCAGGAACUCAUCGACACUAUCUCCGGCUUUAGCCCUCUUGGGCGCUUAGGAAAGCCAGAAGAAAUUGCUGGGCUGGCUGCCUUUCUUGCUGGUCCAACUAGUUCCUGGGUGUCUGGACAGGUGGUUGGAGCCAAUGGGGGUUCCUUUGUAUAG